GAAAUGUAAAAUAUCCACACGCCCUCACCGGCCAAUAACAGUAAACGUCAACAAACAGUGACACGAUCAGUGGAAAAGUCUUGGUGAAAACACUAGUUUUUAUGUCCAAGUUGAUCCAGUUUUCAAACUAUAGAGUUACAAGGAGUACUUCUAAUAGGUUGAAUAUUAUUAUGAUCCAUUUCCUAUUUAUCAGAGAAACCGCAGCUUAUAGGUGAAGGAGAUUCGUUUCUUGUAAGGACGUUCACGUAAUCCUGCGGUUUGGUAAGAUCGCCUUCCCCGAUAGGGCCCCGCCUUCCUUUUGCCGUCUUUACGUACGUGGAAUGAACGUAAAUGAUGACUUGUUCGUGAGCUCACUGUCUGACACAGCACAUCACUGCCACUGCCUGUGUGACACUCGUGGCAUGAGAUUGGAAGUAGAUAUGUGUGCGACUUGUGAGGAUUGAUUGGGAAAAUUUGACAUGGACAUUGAUUUUGAUUGUAAGUUAGAGUGACACUGAAUUUCGUCAAUGACAAUGCCAAUUUCAGCUUCUCCAUUAUAAAAUAUAUUGGCAUUAUUCGAUUCAAUUGUGAUUUUGUGAUCAUCGUUGUCUUCGACUUGGCCGGACGUGGGUGUGGAUGUGGGAUCAUUUAUUUAGACAUUCAGCAGCAAAAUAGAGAAUAUCACAUUCAAAUCAAGGAUACUUAAAAAAUAGAAGAAGACUGCAUACUAAUUCGUCACAACAAUUAACAGUUAGACCGAUACGUAUUACCGCUAAUGAUUUACUAAACAAUAUUGUUUAGAAAGGAAUUAACAAAAUGGCUUUUCAUUUCAGGACGUUUCAAUAUUUUGCUAUAGUGUUUAUUAUUAUGAUUAGCAAUUCUGUAGUCCGUUGUCUUGGUGAAAUUUCAUCAUUGAAUGCGUUGGUUAGAGGGAGUGGUGUAAUCGUAGGGGAGGGAGGAAGGAUUGAAAUUAUACAGGGCACACCUGGAUCUGUGAUACUAGUUGGAAGCCAUUUCGAUGACCAUACCAUGGUAUGGCUAACUAGAGAAGAAGCUGUCAGGGGAACGGUCUGUGAUGAAUCUUUCCAGCGUGAAGACACUGUUCCUGUUGAUGAAGUGAGUGGUGGUAGUAAUACUACUGGUGCUACAAGCUUGUUGCAUACAGGAAGCAUAGAUAUUACAUUGGAUGGAGUGGAUACUGUUUACUACAUAUGCCUUCAGCAGUCUGAUGGGAAAUGGUUACAUCAAGGUACGGAUCAGUGGUUGACGAUUGUAACAACAGCUGCCCCGAAGCGAUUGCUACCACUAUGGCUCCAGAUUAUUAUCAUUGUGAUCCUGCUUACUUUAUCUGGGUUGUUCAGUGGUCUCAACCUUGGUCUGAUGGCACUUGAUCCUGUGGAACUUCAGAUUCUACAAAAUGCUGGUUCAAGAAAAGAGAAGAAAUAUGCAAAGCUUAUCACUCCAAUCCGGAAGAUGGGCAAUUAUCUCUUAUGUUCAUUGCUUCUUGGUAAUGUCCUUGUCAACACCACUCUUACUGUUCUGCUUGAUGAUCUUUCAUCAGGGAUCUGGGCAGUCCUGGGUGCAACAGCAGGCAUUGUUAUAUUUGGUGAGAUUAUUCCUCAAGCGAUUUGUUCCCGUCAUGGCUUAGCUGUUGGCGCAAACACAAUCUACCUAACUCGCUUCUUCAUGGUAUUAACUUUCAUCGUUUCAUAUCCGAUCAGUAAAAUCCUAGACCUGAUCUUAGGAAAGGAGAUUGGUGCUGUAUAUGAUCGAGUUCGCUUAUUAGAACUGCUACGAGUGACAGAUGAAUACAAUGAUCUUGCGAAAGAAGAAGUGAACAUCAUUUCCGGCGCUUUAGAGCUCAGAAAGAAAUGUGUCAAGGAUGUGAUGACUCCACUUAAUGACUGCUUUAUGCUGGAUGAAGAAGCCAUAUUAGACUUCAAUACUGUGACAGCCAUUAUGCAUAAAGGCUUCACUAGGAUACCUGUCUAUAGUGGAACAAGGGAUAACAUCAUCGCCAUUCUGUUUGUCAAAGACCUAGCCUUUGUAGAUCCUGAUGACUGCACACCUCUCAAAACUGUGAUCAAGUUCUACCAGCAUCCUAUCAACUUUGUUUUUGAAGACACAACUCUGGAUCUCAUGCUCCAAGAAUUCAAGAAAGGUCAAGCCCACAUGGCGAUUGUAAACCAGGUGAACAGUGAAGGAGAAGGAGACCCAUUCUAUGAAGUGUUGGGAUUGGUUACUUUGGAAGAUGUCAUAGAAGAAAUUAUCCAAUCAGAGAUUGUGGAUGAGACAGAUAUUUAUUUGGAUAACAAGACAAAGCAGAUAGUUGGUCAUACUAACAAACGUGACUACUCCAUCUUUGCUCAACAAGGGGAGGAUGCUCGGCCUAAGAUAACUCCUCAGCUAUCUCUUGCUACAUUCCAGUUCCUCUCUACAUCUGUGGAUCCAUUCAAGGUAGAGAAGAUCUCUGAGACAAUCCUCCACCGUCUUCUUGAUCAAGACAUCAUCUUUGAGGUCCAACUACCUGAGAAGAAGAUUCCAGUCUUCCUCUUCCAACAUGGCAAGCAAGCUGAUUAUUUCAUCAUGAUCCUUCAAGGUCGUGUAGAGGUCACCAUCGGUAAAGAGAACAUUCUCUUUGAGCAGGGGCCGUUCUCAUUCUAUGGACAGCACGCCCUCAUUGCCACAAAUCAACAAGUUGAUAAUAAGAACAGUGGUAGCCGUGCUAGUGUGAGGAGUAUCGGUAGCUCUAACAACCCAUCUCCACCAUCUGCUUACACCCCAGACUUCACAGUUCGUAUCCUAUCCAACGUCCAGUAUAUGAAGGUUACUCGAGUGCAAUACAAUGCUGCACGGGCUGCUACUAAGAUGGAGAGAGAAAGUCAUGGAGAUACGGCCGUACAGCAAUCUAAAGAGGUCUUUGAGAACGAGUGGCAAAAAGCCGUUAAUCAAGAGAAAUUUGACCAAAGCGUUGAAGAUCCCAGCAAAGACAACAAUGUCAAGAGUUUUCAAGUUGGUAACAAAACAAAAGAUGAGAGUUUGUGACAGGAAGAGAAAUGAGCAAUACCAUGGUCUUUGAUGUACUCAACUCUUCUAUGCUCAUUGGUCCCAUCGUAUCAAGAAAUGAUUCUAUUCCUUCUUUGCUAUGGAAAGCAAAAAAAGCCAUUAUUUUUGUCUAGAAUCUGCAAAAUCUCUUGGUCAACAGUAACACACCUCCUGGCCAUUCUAAAUUUGGACAAAAAGAAUCUGUAUUCUGACUUCUUCAAGCUCUCGUUUGGGUAGUAGUUUUUUUCCUUACCCCCAGGUAAUGCUAGAUCUUUCCUACCUUGUAGCAAAAUCCUCCACGUUAUUCAGUUUUUAAGUUUGGGAGAUAUAGAUAAAGGCUACUUCUGAUUGGUCAGAAUGAUGAUGCAUGCAUAAGUAAUCUGACCAUUUAGAAUGAGCCUUUCAUGAGUGUACAUCAUCUCUCAAGAGCAGACACACAGGAUCUAGAUUUCCAACUUUGGUAUUGCUACCUUUCCAUAGUAAAAAUAAAUUAAUGUGAUCACAGUCUUACUAUCAGAAAAGGAACAAUGGAGCUCAGAGGCUCAGCAAAAAUGGAUGUUAUUGUGUUUGUUGAUCCAGUCAAGUUUUUCAUCAUUCUGCUGAAACAAUGAUUAAUUCGGUUUCUAAAAUUUAUGGAUUUAUAAUCCACUUUUCAUACAUUUGUAAUCAUUUUCACCAUGUUGUAGACUAUGAGGGUUAGAAUUGUACAUUGUAGAUUAUAAUACAGACCCAAAUGCUCAAACCCUACACCGAGUAUGAAAAUAUACUUGUAUAUACAUUUACACUUUUCCCCGAAAAAAAAAAUUAGUGAGGAGCAUAAGGAAUUUAACUGAUGAAGGCUAUAUAGUUUUACUAAUUUUUUUAACCACAGAUUAUGGGGGUAUAACUGCAUGUAUGUUACACUAUUUAAUUCACUUCACUCGCCUCUUUUGGAACAGACAAUUAUGUUCGAAUUACUUUUGAUUGUCUACAAAACACUGAAUAAACAGGCUCCAGAUAAUUUAAAUAAUUGUUUGACAAUAUACACCAACUAGAGCACUUAGGUCAGCUAGUGACCCUCUUUGUCUCACAUAUUCAUUCACUCAUACAUUAGCCGAUGAUUGAACUUUUACUGUGUCAGCUUCAAAAUACUGGAAUGAUUUGCCUCUAAUAAAGACAGUCUCAAUCAGUAGGAUUUUGAAAAAGGCAUUAAAAACCCAUCUCUUUCGUAGUUUGUAGUUUCAUAAUUUAUGUAUUGUAUAAUUUAUUUUAAGUAUUUUCAUUAUAAGCGCUUUGGGCCUUAUGGGAAAAACGCUGUAUAAGUAGUAAGUAUUAUUAUCUAAUUAAUAAGUCAUUAAUCAAAUUAUCAACAUGAAGUGUAUUAAAAAAAACAAUUGUUUUGUGAAUAAAUCCUCAUUUAUACUACCAAGUUAUGCUUCUUUGCCAAAAGCAUAUUGCAUUGCAAGAUAAGUCCAGAAUGAAUUCAUUCACUCCUGUAACCAUGCUACACUGUACACUUAGUAGAUCUAUAUCUGUUUUCCAUGUAAACAUCUUUCUCCUAUUCUUUAUUGCAUGACUUAGGUACAAGUAUGUAAGGCAUUGAGAGAAAUACAUGUAGAUUGACUGUACAGAUUGGAAGAUACAACUCUUAUUUGGGAUUAAGUUUUGGAGAUGCUUGUAGAGUGUGUCUGAGUUCCAGUCUGGAGUAAAAAUGUUAGUUUAAUGAUAUCAUUAGGCUGCUUGAGAUAAUCAAAAUGAAGUGCCACUUGUAUUGGUCAUAAUGGAUUAACUAUUGCUCUUUGCCCUUUACAUUAUGGUCUGCAUCAAAUUGCUGCUGGAAACAGAAAGAAAGCUACCAUUUGAUGCAGGAUCUAUUUAAGAUCCUUUUUCCUAUUAUUUAUUUGGCGAUUUGGGAUAUCAAGAAAAGGCAGUAUUCAAGGUACAUGUAUAUAGAAUACAAAAAAAAUGAAUACAAUGCUAAUUUAUACCUUGCAUAUCCAACUAGAAAUCUUGGGUAAGGAAUAGGUCAACUAAUGGUCAUGGGCCUGUCCACCUGUCGAGUGUCCUCCCAUUAUGAAGGUAUAAUAAUAAAAUGUGACUUAUAAUGCACCAAAUCCACUCUGUAGAAGGUGGAUUUAAAGAGCUAAGAAUCAAAUAAAAAGGUUCUUAGAAGAGAAGACUCAGCAGAGAUACAACUUUUAAUGACUCUAGGAAGGCUGUUCCACAAUAAUAAGACAUGCAUGAGUAUUAUUAGUUAUAUGUAAUCAAGGAGUACUGUUAUUGUCACAUCAGGAUUUAAUUGAUUCUUUAAUUAAAUCCACCCAACAGCUGAUGAUAUUAAAGGGAAACUAGUGCAAAUAUGAUCAGUCACGUUCCAAAGUGAAUUAUUAUUGUAGAUGUAUUUUGUUUUCUUAAUUAUGGUUAAAAAAACAUUAAGUUUAAUUUUGCAUGUCAAUCACUUUGGCAAGAAUUCUUAAAGGUGGUUUUGAAUCUGUAUUCUGAAAUCCUGGUUUAUGCAGAUUUUAGAAUUGAUUAUGCUUACUUUGUUGAGAAAUAUGGUCAGAUGGUAAUGGAUUCUUAUGUCAUGAAAAACAUUCAUGCUUGGUUUCAACAUUAAUGAGCCCACUGAUAGAUGCUUAUUUCUUGAAUUGGAGCAUUUAAAUUUAUCAAUCCACUUUGUAGUUUUAACUGAUGGACAUAAAUUGUGUGCUCAAUAUUUCAAAACGAAAGUCCCAUUAAUCCUGAAGCCUUAGUAACAAGAGUGAAUUUAGUAAGUGUGCAUUCAUUACUGGAUGCCUUCUUAAUAUAUGCACCAAUUUAAGAAUAAUCAAUGAAUGAAAUCUGUAUAAAUCAUAGUUAAACAAUGGAUUGAAAAUCGUCUUUAUGAAUUCAGGCAUUUUGGCAUUAUUGAUGUCAUGUUUACUCUGUGUCAUAUGCUACCAAUGAAAAUCUGCACAAUACGCUAGAAAUAUUAUUAAAAGUCAAAUCCACCCUAACAAAAAUUUGAUUUGAAUAAAAAGAGAAAAGAAUUCUAACAAGAAUAACACUGAAAAUUUCAUCAAAAUCGGAUGUAAAAUAAGAAAGUUAUGACAUUUUUAAGUUUUGCUUAAUUCCACAAAACAGUUUAUAAAUGCACAUCCCGGUCAGUAUGCAAAUGAUGGGAUUGAUGAUGUCAUCCACUAACUCUUUCUUUUGUUUUUAUUAUAUGAAAUAUAAAUUUUAUUUUUUUUCUCCUAAUUAUCCUGUGAAACAAAAUUUAUCCCUCCCUGUACAUGUAGAAUUACCAUUUGCAUGUCACCAAGUUGUGCAUAUAACUGUUUUUGAAAAAUAAGCGAAACUUUGAAAUGCCAUAACUUAUUUUACAUCCGAUUUUGAUGAAAUUUUCAGUGUUAUGCUUAUUUGAUUAUUCUCUAUUAAUUCAAAUCAACAUUUUUUUGUAAUGGACUUGACCUUUGAAAAUAUCUAUUGUCUGAUUUUUAAUGAAAUUUUCAAUAUGUUGAAUGUUUGAUCUUGCUCAAUUUAUUUAAAUGUUUCUUAUUUUCAACCUGAAGUACCCCUAUAAGACUGGAGCACUUACCUUUAGAACAAAUAACAUCUGUGCCCAGUAAUAUGAAGCUUAGUGUGUGAUCCAUAGGGCUGAUUGAUUUUCAUUUGAUUUCAUUCAUCAUAAUGGUUAGUGCGUGAUCAAUAGGGCUCAUUGAUUUGAUUUCAUUGAUCAAAAUGGUUAAUGCGUGAUCAAUAGGGCUGAUUGAUUUCAUUUGAUUUCAUUCAUCAUAAUGGUUAGUGCGUGAUCCAUAGGGCUGAUUGAUUUCAUUUGAUUUCAUUGAUCAAAAUGGUUAAUGCGUGAUCCGUAGGGCUGAUUGAUUUCAUUUGAUUUCAUUGAUCAAAAUGGUUAAUGCGUGAUCAAUAGGGCUGAUUGAUUUCAUUUGAUUUCAUUCAUCAUAAUGGUUAGUGCGUGAUCCAUAGGGCUGAUUGAUUUCAUUUGAUUUCAUUCAUCAUAAUGGUUAAUGCAUGAUCCAUAGGGCUGAUUGAUUUCAUUUGAUUUCAUUCAUCAUAAUGGUUAAUGCGUGAUCCAUAGGGCUGAUUGAUUUCAUUUGAUUUCAUUCAUCAUAAUGGUUAAUGCGUGAUCCAUAGGGCUGAUUGAUUUCAUUUGAUUUCAUUCAUCAUAAUGGUUAAUGCGUGAUCCAUACGGCUGAUUGAUUUCAUUCAUCAUAAUGUUCAGUCAAUACAAUCAAUCACUAAACUUUUUUACAGGGCUUGUGUCUUUGGGUUCCCCAGAAUGCAUGUCAAUCAAUGAUAUGAUACUAUGAUUGAGAUAAUAAUUGGUGCUAGCUUUAAUUUGGAAAAAUGCAUGAUGUUAUUUUUUUUAUUCUGUUGAAUAAAAUUUUGUUUGGAAUCAGGUAAACAAGAUAUCUGAUUCAAAGUAAAAGACUAUUAUAUUAUUUAUGUAAUUCUUACCAAAUUGUAUGAGCUUGUCAAAGUGAUACACAACAUAGAUUGACUGUAGAUUGAUUAUUUAGUUCGUAUCCACAAUAUUUGAAUUGAAAGGAAUUCCACCAUUAUUACAUUGUAAGUUGGUUCAAAUAUAAGCAGGAAAAGGAGAGAAACAUAUCGAUGAGAGAAGAUAGAAUGAUAGAGUGAUAUUGUUUUUAAGUUUUACCAUUGUGAUGUCAUAUGUAAGCUUCUCUUCUGCAUGUUGUGCCCUAUCAAUUUUAUUAAUUAGCCUUUAAAGAUCAAGUGAAAACUCAUUCAAAAUUCCUGAGAAAAUUCUUUAAUUAACUUUUGUUUAAACAUAGUGAUUUAUGAAAUAGGAAAAGCUGAUAUAAUGUAAUCAAUUUUUAUCACAUCUGCUGUAAGUUGUGAUGUUCACACCAUCCUUUUCAUAAACAUUUUCAGAGCAUUGUGUUUUUGCCAAAAAAUAUGUAAAGUCACACUUUUCUAAAACUUGGGGGGAGCUUACCACUAUUCAUAUUGUAUUCUAUUAACUGCAGAAAGCUAUACAACCCACCCCCUUUACCAUAUUAGAGCUUUCUUAAUGGAGUUUAACCUCUUUAAUUUUGGUAUAUUUGUAUUGGCAAUUGAUUCAACUUGACAUGAUAUAUAUGCAGUAGUAAUUGUACAGUGCUUGCAUUAUUCUGUACAUACUGAAUAAGGUUUAUCCUGGAUAUAGGCUCUUGAUAAUGUGUAUAUCCUGUCCAUGACAUCACUUCAAUGGGAUCAGGAACCACUGGGGGGGGGGGGCUUAAUGAAUAGAGAGGAUAGAGGCAUGUGAAGGGUAAUGAUUAAAGAAUUCUUGUGUCAAAAUUGUUUUUUUUUGUUCAGCAAAUAUUGAAUCACAUAACAGACAUAUGUCUCUCUAUUCCUUGUUAUCGUUAAAAUUGAUUUUCCUUCAAAAGUUUGGUUCUUUUAAGGGGUUGAAAUCAUCAGAUUUUCUAAUUCAAUUCGGCAAUACUUUUAUACAUUUUUUAGUUCAUUGUUAUUUUAUAUUAAUAUUACACUAACUCUAAAAAGUGUGCAUGUGUUGUAAAUACUCUUAAUAUUCAACAUUAGUGAAAUGGAAUAUAGUGUUGUUCCUUAAUGUACCCAAACAAAUCCUUUAAAGUUCUGAUAUAAACAAUCUUUUAAGAUUCCUAAAAAUAAUACUACAAUCAUAACUCAUAUUGAGUGAUUUGCAAACUUCAGUCGAGCAUUAGCAUAUUUAGAGUUCAAAAUUAACUUUUUAAGGUUUAUACAUGAUUACAAGAACGUUAGAUUAUAGACAUUCAUAUUGCAUUGGAUGUUGUGCACAAUUUAAAGUCAACAUGUUUCUAAGUUUGAUUUAUGUGAUCCAGGCACAUUCAAAGUUCAAAUGUGAUGAUAAAUAAAAUAUAUGCACAUAGUUUUAUAUUAGAAGGACAUUGAUGCACACACAUCAACCUAUUUUACUGUGCGCUUGUUAAUGAAGAUAUUCAAUAAAGCUUAUUGGCCUCCAAUGCAA